GUUGCGAUGCUUUCAGAUGGUGAAUUACCAUUGAACGAAUUGGGAUUGCAAUGUUCAAAGUUUAUGCAGCAUAUCAGACGGUGUUUUAACUUAAAUAAAUUGGAAUUUAUCCAAACAUGUUCUACCUAAGGUUUUUGGUUGGAUCAAUACUUCUGUGCAUAGUGCUUGUGUCAGAUUUAGAUGCAAGACAAAUGUCACUUGAAGAAGAUUUCACCGUUUUGAUUGACUACGAAAAGUAUCAAGAACAUGUUCAACCAUGGCGACAUCAAAGACAACUAAAUGCUUCGAAUCAUACUCAACCAUUGAAUCUACAGCAAGUCCAACAAAAGCGGAACGAUUCUGACGAAUGCAAUGGUAGCAAUGAAUGUGAAACAAAAGUGUGUGACGAUCCUGAGAAUGAAGUGUAUCAAGAAUGUGGUAGCAAAUGUGUGUUGGGAUGCCGAUAUGCAUCAAUAUCGUCAGGGUUUAGUUUUACAAUAUCAAAGCAUGAUUGUGAGAAAAAUGAUUGUGUCGAAGGAUGUUUCUGUAAAACAGGCUUGGUCAGACAUCAAACUAAAUGUAUUCCGGCAUCAGAGUGUCCAGUUCGAAAAUGUAAUCAUCGCUAUGAAGUAUAUAUGUGUGGACCAGCCGCGCCCAUUACUUGUGAUAAUGCGUUACGUGAAGAUGAAAUAAGCGAGUUAACACGGCACGUGGAAUGUGUUUGGGGAUGUUUCUGUGCACAAGGAUACUUGAGGAACAAUUACAAUGGAAAAUGUGUGCCAGAGCAAGAGUGUCGAAACACCAAAUCUGUGGAUAUUUCUCCGCAGAUACCAGGCCUAUUCAAACAUAUAACCGGCGGUGGAAGCGGAUGCGGCCCAAAAGGAUGUGGAUCUAAUCAUCAUUCAUCAUCAUCAUCAUCAUCUUCAUCAUCUGAAGAAAAUGAAUGUGGGCCGACCGGUUGUGGCUCAACUGAGUCGCACGAAAUCGGAUGUGGAUCAAAUGGUUGCGACAAUGAAGGUCAGUGGAACAACGGCAAUCGUCGUCGUCCAAUUGACAAUCGAUGGCAAAGUGGACCAGCUCCAGUAAUUCAUGUUCACAAAUGGAACGGAACAUGCAUUGGCACUAAUGUAUGUACGGGAGCGGAUUCAGGCAGUGGUAAUCGUGGGACAGGUUCAGUGAAUUCAGACACACCAUUAACAACAGUUACACUUCAAAAUGGAACAACAAUCACCAGUCCGGCUGGCUCAGAAGCAACAGUUAAUCUUGAUGCAAUCCAAACAGGAUCUGAUAUAGCUGAUGAAGAAGAGGAAGAAUAUGAUGAUGAAGAUUAUGAGCAUGAUACGGUCGAAGAAGAUGAUGAUGAUGAUACGGAUAUGCCGAUGGAAACACGGCCACAGAUUCCGGAUAGCUUUGCAACUGCUAUUAUCAAUGCGAUUGCAGAAAGUCAAAAACCGUCAAGCAAUAAACCACAAAAUGAUAAUAGCAAGCCACAAAGCGUACCAUCUGUUGAAAUUAUGAAUGGAAAUCCCACAAACACUAAACCUCAAAUAAUGCCAGUGCCCUCUUUGAAUGUGAACACACCGAUUAACAAUGCUCCGAGUGGUCAGUCAACACACACACCGAUGAGCAAUGGUAAUAAUUUUAUGCCAAGACCACCGCAAUUGGCAGCGAUAUCAUUUCCGAAUUAUCAAUUACCAAAUAAUGCCAUCCAAAAUCCAAUUACAAAUCCAUUUGGACAAUUUAAUUAUCCAAUUACACCGAAUUUAAUUUAUAAUCCAAACAUUGCUCAGAAUAUGCAACAGUUUACAUCUCCUUUCUUUGGAGCUGUCCAAAAACAACAACAACAAGCAUUUGUUCCGCCAAAUUUCUUCAAUCGCCCGAUGAUUCCAAAUCGCAUUCAAAUCGCAAAUGCUCCAACUGAAAAUAAAUACAAAGUUGAGACCGAAUACGAUUCGGUUGAGGAGCAAGAAUCUGAAGAAUAUGAAAAGGAUACUGCAUCGAAAAAAACCGAAAUGAAAGUUCCAUUAAAUAAUCAACAACCAUUCAUUAAUUUAUUCAAUCCAAAUCAAUACGUUCCAAAUCAAUAUCAAAUUAAUCCAAACCAGUUCAAUCCCUAUCACUUCAACCCAAAUCAAUUCCAGCCAAAUCCAUUCUACAUAAACAAUUUACCAAAUGGGUAUCCAACUCACUUUUCAUCGCCAAAUGUACAAUUCAAUCCGUUUAGCAAUAAUAAUCCAUUCAACGCACAAAGUACAAAUGCUCCUCUAAAUCAGGCUAAUCUAAACUAUAGCCCUCAUAUGAACAAACAGGGUAAUCCAAUUUCUCAAAAACAAAAGAAAAAACCACAUAAAAAACAACAAAGUACGGGUGAAAAACAGACACCAGCUAACCAAUUUAAUACGUUUAACCGAAAAAUCCGACCAUUUUCCGAUAAACCAGAUGCUGACGAAAAAAUUGAAUCUCAUAUUAAUGGUGAACAAAUGACCGAAAAAUCCAACGAUAAAAUUCCAGACAGCGAAAGUUUUCAAGCCAAAGAAGUUCACUUGGAAACUGAAUCGACCAUUUUGAUCGAUGCGAAGAAAUUUUUGGAAAUUUUCAAAAAAUCAAAUGAAACCACUGUUUGUGAUGAGAAUGAAGAGUAUUUAGAAUGUGGUAAAAAGUGUAUGUUGAGCUGUCGAUACUCUGCAUCAUCGUUUGGCAUUGCACUCUCCGAAGAUGAGUGUGAAAAAAAUGAAUGCGUCAAAGGAUGCUUUUGUAAAGAUGGUUUGGUACGACAAAGAGAUAAAUGUGUACCUGUGGCAGAGUGUUCAUCUCGUCAAAGCCGAGCUUUUGAGAUUAAUGAAUUUCCACAGUUCAAUCAAGGAUUAAAGAUUUUUGGAUUGUUCCGGCCACAACAACCAGGCUGCCCUUUCGGUGGAUGUAAUCCAACUAAUUUACCAGCAAACAUUCACAUUCAUAAUCACAAUGCAGCUGAAACCGGUGAGGAGUAUGAAGACGACGAUUGCCAUGGGAAACAUUGUGGCGGAGGACAUGGUGGAAAUGGUGGUCAUGGUGGCCAUGGAGGAAGUGGUGGCGGAGCAUCAAACAACAACAACGACGAUAAUAACAAUAAUAAUAAUAAUAACAACAACAAUAACCCAAUAAAUAACUUCUUUGGCACAUCAGGUGGUGGAAAUGCAGGAGAAGACCAUCAUCACCAUUAUCAUGGACAUGGAGACGGUCCAGGUUGGCUUGGAAACGGUGGCCCAGGAUUUGGAUAUAAUCCAGGUGGUCCGGGCUUCGGAUGGCCAGGAUAUAAUGGAAACGGUUGGUGGGGCAAUGGAUAUGGAAAUAAUCCGUUCUACUAUCCAUGGGGUUUUGUGAGUUACACACCAACUGCCAUAUUCGUUAAUGUGAAUGGCAUAACAUACGCUGUGCCCAAUACGGGCGGAAUCCUUACCAACACCGGUACCAUUACUUUUAAUUCUGGCGGAAUCCAAACGAUCACUUAUCCAUGGGGAAGCACAACAACUAAUACAAACACAGGCACUCAAACGAUAACACUUCCAACAAACGGUGGUUUUAUUACAAUUAAUAUUGACAGAAAUGGUACUGUGACAGGGUCAACUACCACAAUUGGUGGAAUUACAGUGCCUGGAAUUAAUUUGCCUGGCAUAGGCGGAACGACGGGGGGUACAAUAGGUUUGCCUGGAAUUGGGGGAACGAUUGGACUGCCUGGAACUGGUGGCACAAUAGGUUUGCCUGGAAUUGGGGGAACUAUUGGACUGCCUGGAAUUGGUGGCACAAUAGGUGGAACGACAGGGGGUUCAAUAGGUUUGCCUGGAAUUGGGGGCACAAUUGGUUUACCCGGUAUAAAUACUGGAAUUCGAACACCGAUCGGUGGCAUUACGGCCGGCACUAAUGGGGUUAGUGCCAAUAUUCCAGGAGUUUCGGCAGGAGUUACACCUGGAACGUCAGGAAGUGGUAUAAAUGCUGGAAUUCAAACACCAAUUGGUGGCAUUACAGCCGGAACUAAUGGAGUUAGUGUCAACAUCCCAGGACUCGGAUCAAUUGGUACAAAUGACGAAAUUACAGAAGAUGAUGAAUCAGAGUUGGAUACAAAACCAACGCAGCAAACCGAUGAUCAUCAAACCUCUGCUAAUAAAAAGCCCGCAACAAAUCAAUAUUCAGCGCCAAUGCAUCAAACCGAAAAUCCACCAACUAAUGCCGAUAAACUACAAAGCCAAAUGAUGAAAGAGGAUGUCGUUCAGAACGCAAGCAUGCAUCCUGAUGAUAAAAAGCCCGCAACAAAUCCAUAUUCACAGCCAAUGCAACAAACUGAAAAUCAUUCAAUCCCUGUCAAUAAACCACAGAACCAAAUGUCUGAAGAAAAUGCCAUUCAAAGCACAAAUAUGAUGCCACAUGAAAAUCAACCUACAACAGAUCAAUAUCCAGGUAUCAUGAGUUCGAAUGGAGCUACUCCAUUUGUGAUUAUUCCUGUUAGUUUCUAUACACCACCAUCUUCGAGUGGAAAUACUUCAAAGCCCAAUAAACCAUCAAAGAAGAAACCAUCCAAGAAAAAGCCGACUUCAAAUCAACCAACUUCACAAUACAGUGUAACUAUCAAUGGAACCCCAAUCAAAAAAGAUCAACCUUCAGUUUCAAGUUCAACAUAUCCAUCGAAGCCAACUUCAUACAAUCCAUCAUCAGAUUAUAUGAAUUAUUUAAAUAGUCAAUUCCAAAGUCAAAACUAUCCAAAUUUCCAAAACUAUCAGAAUUACCAAAAUCAGCCACAUAUGAGCGUCGGUCCAUCGCCGUAUAACAACCAAUAUAAUGACUGGAAUCCUCAAUAUACAAGGCCAAAUGCCCAAUAUAAUCAAUUCAAUCCAUACAGCAGCCCAUUCAAUGCUCCAAAUGAUUUUUCAAUGUCGAAUCAAGGCAACCCCAAUUACAAUAUGCCAACCAACGCACAAAACGGAUUCAUGCAUCAAAAUCCAGCACUUAAUGGUUACAAUCCAUCACGUCAGUUCAAUAGACACCUUUCACUAUAGAACUAUUAAAAACAUGCCAUAAGGACUCAGGGGAAUGAGGACAAUACAACCAAAAUUUAGAAUAAAGAAUUACAAAAAUUAACACUAAAACCAAAAACGAAAUUCAGUGUUUCUAUAACAUGCAUAUAACGCAAUACAAAAUACAAUCAAAAUUUGUGUAGUAUUUUUUUUUUUGUAUAGCUUUAAUAAAGAAUAAUAAUAAAUAAAUCAUUCUACUCUAA